AGCUGGAUCAGACACAUCUGACUUUUCAGUGAUGGACCUGAUGGCAAGAUGGCAGAAUGUCCUCCUUUCUUUUUAAAUUGACUUUUAUCACUGCUAAAGGAUUUUAAGUUGUCCUUUUUGGGGGUAAAUUCUUCUCAUUUGUGAUUUAAAUCGGACUUCUGGAUUUUGGUUUCUUUGGUUCUAAAGAUGACCUUUUUUUGCUGUUUGUAAAGCGUCAAUCUAAGUAUGUUUUUGCUGUCACUAACAUCGCCGAUGAAGAAACUGUGGAACAGUUGCACUGAUUGAAAUUUUGAUUUGUUUUGGAAUAACUGGCUUUCACAGCGGUAUGAACUGAUAUGUGGGGAUCAUCCCCCGACUCUGGACCAGACACGUAAGCCCACACCUCAACCACAGACGCAGAGAGAGAACAGAUCACUUCAACCGUAAAGACGGGCAGCGUGCUGUCCAGCGACCCAGCCUGACGCACGGAGACGGACAGACAGACAGAAAGUCUGAUGCCAACUGUCUCCCCUGUCAAUCUCACUGCACCAUUCCUCCUCCUGUUGCUAUGGGCAACCCACUCCACCAUGGCAACCAACUGGCUCUCCCUGGCGAGGCUACCUCGCUCCAGGCCUGUGUCCGGUACUGCCCCGUGUGCACGGUUGAGGGGGCUGACCCCAGGACAGGUGGGGGUCUGCAGGGCACGGGGGGAGGUCAUGGAGUCCGUACGCAAGGCGGCAGAAAUGGUUAUAGAAGAGUGCCAGCAGCAGUUCAGGAAUCGCCGGUGGAACUGUUCCACCACCCCACGUGGCAUCAACGUUUUUGGCAGAGUAAUGAACCAAGGCACUCGUGAGGCGGCCUUUGUGCACGCUUUGUCCUCAGCAGCCGUGGCAGUGGCGGUGACCCGAGCAUGCACUCGUGGGGAACUGGAGAGGUGUGGCUGCGACAGGAAGGUCAGGGGUGUCAGCCCUGAAGGUUUCCAGUGGUCAGGGUGCAGUGACAACCUCUCUUAUGGUGUGGCUUUCUCCCAGACGUUUGUGGAUGAACCAGAGCGAGCCAAGGGGCUAUCAGCAGGGCGCCCGCUAAUGAACCUUCAUAACAACGAGGCCGGUCGAAAGGCCAUCCUUCACAAUAUGCAGGUUGAGUGUAAGUGUCAUGGCGUCUCCGGCUCCUGUGAGCUGAGAACCUGCUGGAAGGUCAUGCCUCCAUUCAGACGUGUUGGAGUUGUGCUGAAGGAACGCUUCGACGGAGCCACAGAGGUACGCUUGACUCGUAUUGGAUCCAGGACAGCUCUGCUUCCCCGUGACCCCCACGUCAAGCCCCCUGCUGCCAGAGACCUUGUGUAUCUCGCACCCUCGCCAGAUUUCUGUCAGCUUGACCCUGAUAACGGCAUCCCUGGUACCGCGGGUCGAAGGUGUAAUGGGACAUCUCGACUGGCGCCAGAUGGCUGUGAGCUGGUGUGUUGUGGGCCAGGGUACAAAGCAGGCCGGGCCGAGGUGGUGCAGCGCUGCUCCUGCAAGUUCUCCUGGUGCUGCUCAGUCCGCUGCCAGCAGUGCAAGAAUACAGUCACCAUUCACACCUGCAGAGUGUAAGACGGUCCAAACGAGACCAUACUGGAAAGAGGAAAGACCACAACAAACCACCAGACAGACACUACGGAAGAUUAGAUACAGCAAAGACGAGAACAGCUUGAUUCACAGCUUUAUAUUAAUUGUUGUCUAAAAGCAGUUUCAGUGCAACUAAAUAUCAGCCUUUGGUUAAGAUAUUGUUAUGUAAGAGCUGCAAAGUCAUAUUGUGUUAAAUGUUAAGACAAAGAACAGCAUCAUCAACAAGUCUUCUUUUAAUGUGAUGUUUCAAUUAAAAAUUGACAGACUGGCGCAGGCAUGCACAGCAAGUAAUUCAUACGUUGCCUUGACAAAGCAUUUAAAGCUGAACUUAACCAGAACUAACAGCAAUGUUGCAGCGCUCUGUUAUUUUAAGAAAAUCCUUUUGCAUCAUAGAACAAUUAAUGUAUUUAUGCCUUCUUUUUUGAAGGCAUAAAUAUCCAAUACUUCUACUUACAUCAGUGUCUGUCUUGUGUUUUGCCCCUCACCUUCAUGUGUGUGCUUCUGCAGAAGCAGCACAUUUAGGUCUGUUCAAAAAAACAUCUAAUAAAUACAGUAGUUU